AUGCAUUUGUUCAUGAAUAUAUUUUACGCUUUGCUUGUCGCGGCCAUAAAUGUUAUUUAUUUAGUGAAUUGUGCCGUGUUGCAUAAAGAUAUUUACCGGUUGGAUAUAGUUCACUACAACGAUUUCCACGAUCGAUUUGAAGAAACAACAAUUUAUUAUCCAGUAUGCAAUUCGAAUGAUGACAAAUGCAUUGGAGGAUUUGCACGUUUAUAUUAUGAGAUUAAUUCUUUAUUAAAUGAAAGUGAUAACUCGCUUCUAUUAAAUGCCGGUGACACUUUCCAAGGGACUUAUUGGUAUACCCUUAUGAAAUGGAAUAUAACUCAGAAAUUUAUCAAUUUAUUACCGAAUGACGUUCACACUUUAGGCAACCAUGAAUUCGACGACGGCAUACCGGGCAUAGCACCAUACCUUGCGGCACUCCAGGCUCCGGUUGUUGUUGCGAAUAUAGACACGAGCGCUGUGCCUGCUCUUGAUGGUCUUUAUAAGCCGCAUAUAGUUUUAGAGAAACGGGGGAGAAAAAUAGGUAUAAUUGGUGUUAUAACACCUGAGACAAGGACAUCAUCCAAUCCAGGAGAUGUAAAAUUUUUGGACCCGAUUGCAGCAGUUAAAAGUGAAGCUGAAUUGUUGAAUAGAAAAGGCGUAGAUAUUAUAAUUGUUUUGUCUCAUUGUGGUCUUGAAGUUGAUAAACAAAUGGCCAGAGUGGCUGGCGAAAAUAUAGACUUAAUAGUCGGUGGUCAUUCACAUAGUCUGUUGUGGAACGGGGAGGCACCUAGCAGAGAGCAAGUAUCGGGUCCCUAUCCAGUAAUGGUUGAUACAACAUCGAUUCCUAAGCACAAGGUUUUGAUUGUCCAAGCGUCAGCAUUUUCCAAGUACUUGGGGAAUAUUACAGUGUUCUUUAAUAGAAAAGGGGAACUUAUAGAUUACUCUGCAACGCCUAUAUUCCUUAACAGAUCUAUUCCAGAAGACGCGGAAAUGAAAGCGCUAUUGAAACCGUACAAGGAAAAAUUGCAUUCAUUAGUGACGGAAGUGAUAGGAUCCGCUACCAAAGACUUUUUAGCGCCGAAGUGCGGGUCAACAGAGUGCGCUAUAGGUAAUUUUAUAGCGGACGCCCUGCAGGACGCUACACAAUCAUUAAACGUUUCAAAUCUAAAUCAUGUUUCGAUUAUCUUAAGAAAUAUGAUCCGAGGAUCUUUGGCCAAAGGAGAUAUAACGCGAGGGGAUAUUAUUAAUGUAAUGCCUUUUACAAAUAAAGUCGUAACGAUUGCGUUGCCUGGCCGGUAUUUAAUCGAUGUAUUCAAAACCUGUAUGACUAACUACUGGGUUGCCAAACCGUUCAGCGGACCGUGGAUGCCGCAUGUAUCAGGUCUCAGCUUAAAAUUCAACCUGACGCAAGGCGUAGAUAUAGAUGUUAAGGUGAAGGAUGGAGAUGCGUUUCAAGAUUUGGAACUUGAUAAAGAAUAUCAAGUAACCACGAUAGAAUUUUUAAUAAGGACUGGAAAUGAUUUUGAGGUACUGAAACGCUUCGGGCGUAAUUUACGAGUGGUUGGAAAAGAUACUGAUGUUUUAGAAAAUUACAUAAAGAAAAUGACACCAAUUAAACCAAGUUUACAAAAAAGGCUUGUAGUAAUAAAC